AUGUCCCUCCAGCAGGCUAACCCAUACAUCGUUGACGGCAAGGGACACCUUCUCGGUCGUCUCGCCGCUACCCUGGCCAAGGAGCUCCUCUCUGGCCAGAAGGUUGUCGUCGUCCGUUCCGAGCUCAUCAACGUUUCCGGCUCCUUCUUCCGCAACAAGUUGAAGUACCACGCCUACCUGCACAAGCGCCACUUGGUCAACCCCAAGAAGGCCGGUCCCUUCCACCACCGCGCUCCCUCGCGCAUCCUCUACAAGGCCAUCCGCGGCAUGAUGCCUCACAAGACCGCUCGUGGUGCCGCCGCCCUCCAGCGAUUGAAGGUCUACGAGGGUGUCCCCCCUCCUUACGACCGCAAGAAGCUCAUGGUCAUCCCCGCUGCUCUCCGUGUCCUCCGUCUCAAGCCCGGCCGCAAGUACGCCACCAUCAAGCGUAUCUCGCACGAGGUCGGCUGGAACCACAUGGAGACCGUUGACAAGCUCGAGGCCAAGCGCAAGGUCAAGCAGCAGGCUUACCACGAGCGCCAGGUCACCGCUUCCAAGAAGCGCGCCGCCGCUCAGACCGCCACCGCCGACAAGCUCAAGGACGUCAACGUCCAGCUCGCUUCGUACGGCUACUAA